CCGCAAAAUUCUCUUCUUCCUCGGUUCGCUUCCGCCGCUCUCGUUGCUCUCCUCCGGUUCCUCGCCACUCCCUUUGCCGGGGCUGCCAACCCUCCGGCCAUCCGCACCUCGCCGCCGCUCGGCUCUCACCACCAUCCGCCCACCUCUGCUCCCGUAUCUCUUCAUCUACGCGCGGAGCCACACCACAUUGGAGAGCAUACCAUAACCCUAGCUAGGGUGAUAGACCCCCGGAUGGAGGCCGCCGCCUCCAGCCUCUCGUCGCUGCUCGUCAGCCUCCGCGUGGACGGCCCCUGGACGCCGCCUGCAGCCUGGGAUUCCAUCGCCCCCGAGAGCGCGUCCGCCGGUGUUCCAGGCCCUGCAGGGCGUCCCUCUCGGGAUCCAAUCUACGAGCUCACCUCCGUUCCUGAUGCUGCUUUGGUUCGUUUGGCUUUGCAUGCACUGCAUGGUGUCAAAUCAUCGCUAGAUGAGAUUGACGAGCUUUCUGUGUUGUUCUCCUCAAGUCCGGCAGACAGGACAUCUCAUCGCAUUGCAAAUGUGUGGUCACGGUCAUCUAGCACUGCCUCUAUUGGACAUAUUCUCAGUUCUAUAGGCUCUACAGGUCUUGCAGUUUUCUUCUUGCGCAAGUUUGUGCACUAUUAUCUUUUCCAAAGUCGAGAAGUAAAUUGUGGAAAUAGAGAAGGACAUGGACAUGAUGUUUCUGAUGACAAAGACACUGAGCAUUCUCCUCCUUAUAGUCUAGUGAACCAAGCAUUUGCUGCAGCAGUUGAAAAAGUUCUAGAAGGCUAUUUCUGUUCCUUGAAUACUUUACCACCUUCAGUUAAGCUGAGGCGGUCAGUGGGACAACCUGAUAGACCUUCCAUGACCUCAGAUAGAGCUAGUUGUAAUUCUAGCUCUGAAAUCACUCUUCUGGAAGUUUAUCUCCACACCGAGGAGUUGAGAAGGCAUAUUAAGUCCCUUGGAAAUAUUUGUUUUCCUAAGUUUGCAGGUCUUGCAUUAUGCCAGGAGGGUUUGACUACUGAUUCUAACUUGGAGUUUGAGAAUUUUCCGCGGGGCACUGAUUUGCUUUCUUAUUUGUAUGUCCGCCUUCGUGAUGCUGAUCCAGUUCACUAUGCUCUUUUGAAAUAUCUCUUCAUUCGUUCCUGUGAGCCAUACUGUAACUUCAUUAAGUUAUGGAUUUACCGAGCUAGUGUUGAUGACCCUUAUGAAGAAUUUCUCAUAACACAAACCGAGAACAACCAGAUUCAAGGAGGUUCGUUGGGCCCACUAGGUGAUUUCACUGCAUUGCCCUUCAAGGGAAGUAAUCAUGUAUCUGUUCCAUGUUUUCUGAAAGAUAUAUGCAAUCCUCUUUUACGCACUGGGCAGCAGCUUCAAGUGCUCAUGAAGGUUGUAAAGUCAUGCAAUCUUUGUUCUACUGGAGGAGAUAAUUAUGACACUAGUAAAACUAUCCUUCUGGAGGAAAUUCUCCCAUGGUUUGGUACGCCAAUUGAGUGCUCAGUGAAUUCAUUUACUUUCUCAAAAAGCAAGGCUGAAGCAGUAAUAUGUCAGAGAGACGCUAUGUACAAGUCAAUGCUAGAGAAGCUCCAUCAUUUUUUCUUAAAUAUUGAGAUAAUUCCUUUUGGUCCUCCGUCAAACUCCCUGCAUAAAAGUAAAAGCCCUCUAGACACAUCAGUUUCAGAUGUGGAGCUAUUGUAUGGCGGCACCCAUGCUCUACCAAUUUGUGAUAUUAUGUCUGCAGAUGAAAAAGACAAUGAUGCUUAUUCAACAUCGCAAGAAUCUUCAGAUAAACUAGAUCCACUGGAAUCUUCAGAAUGCUCUUCUUCUUAUAGUUCUAUGGAUGAAAUUGAGGUUGAGAGUGGCAUCACUUGUGGUAAUUUGUCUAGUUCCAGGUUUUCAUUGUACUAUACAAGUACAGGUGAAGCAAAAUGCUCCUCAGAAACACAAAAUGUGCUUUCAUAUCAAACUAGUUCUCAUCACAACGGGACAAACUCUGCAAGCCCUAAUGAUGAGCACCAUAGAAAUGUUGAUUUGGGUUGCAGCAACGUUCCCAUGCACUCGCAGAAUGUGGAACAUAAUGUGAUGCCUGAUGCUCUAGAACUGGAUUACCAGUAUAGUAAAUUUUGGCCAUUUGGCAAAUUUCCAAAGAACACAUUUAAUAGUUCCCCUGGAAAAAUGUGUUUAGUUGAUGAGUUUCUGUAUACUAACAAUGAAAGUGCAGUGGAGCAAGUAUCACAUGAUGAUGUAGUUUAUCCAUCACACACAGAGAAGUCUUGCAAUUCUAGCAUUCCUUACAAUCUCAGCACCAAUCCCAUUCUGAAGAAUGCGGCUGGUCAUCAUAUGGAGAGUGACUUGCGAGGAAAAUGGAAAAAUCAAGCACUUAAAAGCUUUGCUUUCGAGUCGGUCACGAAUCCAUGUGAAGUAUACUGUGAAAGAAGCACGUCCCUUGUGGAGUCUGAAGCCGGAGCUACAAAGGUUGUACAUUCCACUGCUCAGAUUUCUAAACAGCCUGAUUGUUCCAGUGAGCUUCUUCAAGCUAAGACAGGGAGUCAGGGAUACCUUGCUUCAUCAGGAGAAACAGAAGCAAGUGAUAAUCUUCCAAAAAAUGUCUGCGGGGGAGCAUUAUGGGAGAAAUUGUUAGAAUAUACUGCUAAAUCAACAGAAAAGAUAGCUGGAGAUAGUAGUUCAGCAUCUGAUAUGCCACUUGAUAUAGCUAUUGACAAGUGCAUUAUACAAGAAAUUCUGCUUCAAUAUAAAUAUGUUAGCAGCUUCACAAUGAAGUUGCUUGAGGAGGGUUUUGAUCUUUGUGGACAUCUACUAGCACUACGACGGUACCAUUUCAUGGAACUAGCUGACUGGGCAGAAUCUUUUAUUGUUUCCAUUUAUCAUAAGAAAUGGUUCUCUGUUAAGUCUGAGCAGAAAAGAGCAGAGAUCCAAGGGCUUCUUGACUUGGCCUUGCAGAGGUCUUCAUGUGAUACCGAUCCUUAUAAGGAAAAACUGUUUAUAUACAUGAAAGAACAGCCAGUCACUUCUGUGGCAGCCUCUGAACAUGGUUUCCACAUGCUGGAUGACUUCUUGCUGGGUUAUAAAGUUGAUUGGCCAGUGAAUAUUGUCAUUACAGAGGAGGCACUUAGGAGAUAUGCUGAAAUAUUCUGUUAUCUUGUUCAAGUCAGGUUUGCAGUCUUAUCACUGACUGAAGUAUGGCGGUUUCUAAAGGAGUUGACACAGUUAAUCAGUCGCUCUGGCCACAGUAGACCUGAUAUAUUGAAAGAAUUAAACUCUGUGAUGAAAGUGAGACAUCAAGUUUACCAUUUUCUAUCAACAUUACAGCAGUACCACCAUUGCAAUUUGUCUGAUAUAUCAUGGCGCCGUUUUCAACAUUCCCUUAAACAUCAGGUUAAAGAUAUGCGGGAUAUCGAGUAUGUGCAUUUGUGUUAUGUUACAGACGCACUUCACAUAUGUUUCUUAUCCAAUGAGACAAAACCAGUUGCCACCAUAAUCAAAAGCAUGCUUCAACAAGCUUUGGAGUUCCGGUCAUGUUUUAAGAGUCUUAAUGACCUUUCAGAAUCAACAGUUAAUCAGCUUAAUCUGCAUUCUCUUAUAAACUUCUCUCAGGUGGAUGCAAUUAAAACGAGGUUUGAGAGUAACAUCAAAGAUCUGUAUAUUUUGCAUUCGAAGUCUUCAAAGUAUGAGGAGCUUGGUCUUUCUCGCUUCUGGGGGUAUCUGAACUACAAUGAGUAUCACUCUUUGAAAAUCACCAAGGAUGUGGGAUGCUUCUACUUCUGACAUGACAAUGUGAAAAGAGGUGCAUCCAUUUAUCUUGCAAUUUCCGGAACUAGUUCACCUUUUGCAUCCCUUCGUGACAAAAGUUAGUGAGUGUGAUUGUGCGCUAGUUGUGAGGUCUCUUUGUUUGCAUUUGCAAGCAGAAAGAAGCAGAACGUAGGGGGGAGGCUUCUCCAUUCAGAGAUACAUAUUGUUAAGAUCAGCAGUUCUUGUAUAUUCCUUUCACUAAAGAGAUUGGAGCUAUGUUAUUGAUUAAUUUAUGGAGCAUUUAUACUUGAAAAUGGAAUGCCCGGUUGGGAAGUUAGAAUAUUGGAAAUUCAUUCAAAAUUUUCAGUGAAAAGGGGAAGUUACAUGACUUGAAAA